AUGUUCACUGAAAGCACAAUUGCAGCCUUGCUGAUUUGGUCUAUUGCCGUCAUCUCCAUACUGACACCUGACUGCAUGGCUGCGAAGGUAUAUGAUGAGGGAUUUGAGCUGUGUGUCUCAUCGAGGCAUAGAAUGAAAGACCUUUCCCAUCAAAAUCUAACAGAUGUGCCCUUAAAUAUUCCAAACAACACGGAGUAUUUGGAUAUUUCUUACAACUCCAUCCAAAGACUGAACGAAUCUUCAUUUUCCAGACUGAUUCAGCUCUGUUUCCUGAAGGUAACUCACUGUGGCCUGCAGGAAAUUUCUACCCGCGUAUUUAAUAACAUGCCGGCACUCAAAGUUCUCAAUAUAUCUCACAAUGAGCUGUCUAUCAUCCCUGACAUUUCAUUGACAAAACUGAAAAUCUUUGAUUUGGCCAACAACCUCUACAAGAGCUAUCAAUUACCAGUGUCAUUUCAGAACCUACAAAAUCUGGAUGUCCUUUCAUUAGGAAGUAAAACUGCUCUGUCAGUCAACUUUAAUGACUUUGACCCCCUGAUGAACAUUUCUUUGCAACAUCUGUCUUUGGGAGCAGGAAUUCACUGGCAAAAGUAUGAUUCUGGUGCACUUGGAAAAAUUGAGUCUCUCCAGAAAUUGUCUCUUUUUGCAUCUUUUUGUGGAUGUUUCAGGAUGUUUGAGAACCUCCUUUGGGACUUGAAUGUAACCGGAACAACAGCGCUGAGAUUCAUCAGCAUAUUUCCCGAUGACUGCAAUGUGAAGGAGGACCUUUUUAAGAACCUGAGAACAAUGCCAUAUAUAAAGAAUCUCACCAUAGAGAACACAUGGAUAAACAGCUCAUUUAUGGAGAAGUUUCUAAAGAAUGUGUGGAUUUCCUCCCUUCAUGACCUCUCAUUUGUCAAUAUCACUUAUAAUGAAGAUACACCAGAAGGGUUUCAGUUUCGCACCAUUAAUCAUACAAUCAACCUUCACUCAAUUACUUUUGAUUCCGUGAAACAUUUUCAAUACAGGUACCCCACAAUUAACAUGAGCGUUGAGGCUAUUUCAGAUCUCACCUACCUAAAGUUCUCUGGGACCGGAAUGAACAUUUUACCUUGUCAACUCAUAUCAGCCUUGCCAUCACUGGAGACCCUGGAUCUGUCAGAUAACCUCUUGACGGAUUCGGGUUUCUGGUGGUACACAUGUUCGUAUACUUCCGUCUUCCCCAAACUUAAGCGGCUGUCUUUAAGUAAGAACCGCUUCCAGAGACUAUCUUUUAUCUCAGAAAAGACACAUCAGAUGAAGACGCUGGAGUCUCUCGACCUCAGCUUCAACUCCAUCUACUUGGACGGGCCCUGCUCUUGGCCUUCUCAGCUGAUCGAGCUCAGCCUGGGGAAUAACAACCUGGGCAACAGUGUUUUUAAAUACCUGUCGUCAAAUUUUGAGAGGAUAGACUUGUCAAAGACAGGAAUAACAGCCAUAACGCAAGAAGAUCUGUCUCGGUUUCCCAGGCUGACACACCUCCAACUCAGCUCCAACAGCAUUAAGGUUAUCCCUGAGUUUCUCAACCUGGCUCUGAACAGUCUCUAUGUAGACCAGAACGCUAUCACAUCUCUGUCGAGGGAGGUUUUGAAAGGACUUCCUAGGCUUCAUACCCUCAAGGCGGGAAACAAUCCAUUUGUCUGCUCAUGUGACUCAUACUGGUUCCUCACUGCUCUCAACAAGUCUUUGCUCCAGGACUGGCCCUUGGAUUAUACAUGCAGUACCCCGCCAUCAGUUGCAGGUGUGCCACUGUCAGAGUACAAAACCAGUGAGGUGUCAUGUGAGAUGUGGCUCCAAGUUGCAGUUGUUUUGCCUGUGCUAAUAGCCAUUUCUGCAGCCAUAGGUCUGCUUUUCUAUAAAUAUGACGGAGCGUGGUACACAAAGAUGUUAUGGGUGUGGAUUAGGAUGAAGAAGAGAGGUAAGAAACGGUCCAACCUGUUGCAGAAUGUAUCAUUUUCUUAUCAUGCAUUCAUCUCCUACAGUCAUCAGGACUCUGGCUGGGUGGACAGCCAGCUGGUGUCCUCUUUGGAAGGUGCUGGGCUUUCACUCUGCGUUCAUGAGCGUGACUUUGUUCCUGGUGACUGGAUCAUAGACAACAUUAUUAACUGUGUGGAGUCCAGCUACAAGACGCUGUUUGUCCUCUCCAAACAUUUUGUCCAGAGUGAAUGGUGUAACUAUGAGCUCUUCUUUGCUCAGCAUAGAGCCAUCAGUGUCCAGCAGGACUCUUUAGUUUUCAUCUUAUUAGAACCCAUUCCAACUGACAGUCUGCCCAAGAAAUUCUUAAGACUUAGAACUUUACUGAGGCAACAGACGUACCUUGAGUGGCCGAAGGAUGAACGAAAGCAACAGGUUUUCUGGGCAAGUCUUAAAUCAAUGCUGCACAUGGCAGACAAGUCUAUGGUUCUGAAGGAUGUGGCUAUGGCAAUUUCAGAUACAGCACCUCUGCUGACAGACCAAGUUUCACAGUUUUAGUGAUCCAUGAUAAUGCAAUGUUAUCUUCUACAAAUGAGGAGCUUACUCUGCAUGAUCUUACUUGAUUAUCUAUAAUUACUGUACAU